AGCCACAGCCACUCAAGCCGGGCGCAGGGCGCGGGCGGCAGUUGAGCACAUGGCUCCCGACGCUAAGCUGUCGUACUUGCAUCACUCCUCCUCCCUCAUUUUCAUUCACUCACUUGUGCCUUUCGCAAAUAAUAGAAAAUGCGUUUCUUGAGCCUUGCCUGCUGAAAUAAGUGGACUUUUAAUCGUGACAGUUAGAAGGAGGAAUGAGGACAGAGAGGAAAAAAACAGGAGAGGAACUGGGAAAGAUGAAAGCAAAUCCAGGAAAACUAUGCGGUAUUCUGAGAGUGACGUGGCCGCUGCGGUAAAAGUUUAAUAAGGUGAUUCGUUCGCUCUACAUUAGCAGACUUAUGUUUCAGGAGACUUCUAUAAGCAUGGACGUGGCAGACUCCCUGCGCUACAGAGAGGCUGUGGCGAGGCUCAAACAGCUACUCUAUGACGAUCCCCCGCCUGAAGAGCCUCCCUCUCCCCUCCACCACCUCAACCCUCCGCACCAUCCACCCGCCAGAGGGGACGGCGGAGGGGCGUGGCGGUGGCUGCUGGAGUUGCUGCAUCACCAGGAAGAUCUCAUCACUCAGCUGGAGAAGGAAAAUGAGUUCCUGAAGAAGGAGGUGGUGUCGGUCGGGGAUGGUUUGAAGAAGCUCGCGGAAGACAACGAGGCCCUGCACCAGCGCCUCUCCACCACCCUCACCCAGGCGCUCGAGGAAGUGGGAUCAGAAUCGAUAUCCUCCAGCCCACCAGCAGGAUCCAUUACUCCCACCGCGGCGCUCUUAAGGCAGAAGGAGGCGUUACAGGAGGAGAUGGCGAGGAUGGAAGAGGCACUAGCAGCAGUGUCCCGGCGAGAGAAGGAGGCCCUUACGAGACUCAGCCACGCCCUCGCCCUGGCGGAGCACACACAGGCCCAAACAUCCCAGGUUCGCGCCAGCAGCGAGUCAGCCAUUGAGAAGCUGAGCACAGACCUGGCAACGGCGCAGCAGGAAGCGGGGCGUCUGCGGGCACAGCUUGACGAGGCGGAGGCGCAGAGGGUGCGGGAGGAGGGAGCGAGGGACAGGCAGGCGAGGGAAGCAGAACAUAAAAUUGGAGUACUUAAGGCUGAACGAGAGGAGCAAGAACGCAGACUGACGCAGCUACGGGAGGAGGCACGAGAGGCAGAUAGGAAGGUUAUCGAUCUGGAAUACGACCUUCAAACUGCAGAGGAGACUAAAAGACGCCUUGAGGACCAACUGGAGGAGCAGAGAAGACACGCCCUGGACGCCACUGCGAGACUCGACCAAAUACUCUUAUCGCGCAGCGGAGAGGCAGCGGCGGGGGCGGCACGAGCGAAGGACCUUGAGGAAAGACUGGACGCUGCAAGGGAGGACACGGCCAAACUCUUGCAGGCGGUGACGGCACUGGCGAAGCAAGGAGGCGGAAGGGUUGGAGAGACGUACUCUACAGAUGAUGUAAAGAGUGAACGGUUAGCCGCGGGUCAGGAGCUGCAGGAGGCCCUUGAGGCGCUUCAUGCACGCCACAAGGAGGACGUAGCGGGAGUGGAGUCAGCAGCGAAACAUCAGAGCGAGGCUACGGACGCCCUCAGACAGGAGCUGGCGGCGCUGAGGGAGCAACUAGCGAGGGAUAACGAGACGCACAGGGAAGCAAUCACACAGAAGAACAUUGAAGCCACAACGCUGCGUCAGGAGCUGCAGGAGGGGCGAGAAGAAGUAAUCCGGACGAGGGAGCAGCUGAGGGCAUGUGGAGGCCUGUACCAGAGAGCUAUGGACACCCUUAGGGAUAAAGUGGCGGAGAGUGCUGAGUUACUAGCAACGGUGCGAGCGUCCCAGCAGGAGCGUCAAUACCUUCUGCAGGAAACGGCAAUGCUGAGGCGAGUAAUAGCAGCAGCAGGACCACCACUACCACCGCCACGAUCACUACCACAGUCACCACAUCCAGUACACAACACCCACAUCCCAUCACCCACAUCACCCUUACACGCUUGCUUCCCCUCGCCACCCACACACAUCCUCACUGAAGAAACACGUGAAGAGAAGAACCGCGAGGAGGAGACCCGGCUUGUGUCUCAGUUAGCAGCAGAAGAUUUGUUCCGAAACGUCACCGUGGCUCCUGGAGUGACUCUCUUCCACAUGUAUCACCAAACACCGUAGCUAAGUUAGCGUGCAGUGUUACCAAAGAAAUACUGCAUGUGAGGUAAAUAAACUGUGAAAGCAGC